AUGGGCCUGUUUGACACGGCGGCGAAGGUGCUGGGCGUGACCUCCAACGCGGAGGGAGACCUGGCGGCCUUCGUGGGCAACCUCCUCUUCACGGCCGUCUUCGUUGCGGGCUGCCUCGGCGUAUUCUGCGCGGUGCGGCUCUGGUACCCGCCCAUGUUCAGCCACAACUCCAUGCCCAACCGCGACACCCGCCUUGGAUGGAUCUUCGGGUGGGUCAGCGACAGCCUACGGGCCAGCGACGGUGAGAUUGAGAAAGCAGCUGGCCUUGACGGACUCAUGCUUCUAAGGUACUACAGCUUGUGUGUAAAGAUCUGCGCUAUCUUGGUAGUGUCGAACUUUCUCAUCAUGGGGACGCUCCACAGGGCGUUCGGAAAGGGGGAGUGUGACCGUCUGAGCAAGAUCGGCUUCGGUUCUGUGGAGGAGAACAGCUGGCUCACAUACGCUCAUGCCAUGUUGGUAUGGCUGGUAGUCGUCGCCGUCGAGAAGGUUACCUUGUCUGCACAUCGCGAGUUCAUCGAGCAAAAGCGCUACGAGUGGCUCUGCAAUAUGCCCGUGCCUCAGAGCACCACCGUCCUGGUGGAGUGCAUCCCAGACGAGUACCGCUCGGACACCAAGCUGCUCGGACUGUUCCAGAGGCUCUUCGGCGAGGAGAACGUGCAGAUGGCCCACAUGGUCCUGAACACCGACGACCUGCUGGCCGACGUGGCCCGAAAAGAAGAGAUCGAGCUGCAGCUUCAUUCUGCGGAGUUCCAGUGGCAAAAAGAUGGCAGCGAUCCAGACAAACGGCCCCAGUUCCGCGACUUCCUGAACAGGGGCGUCCUUGUGGACACCCUUGAUUAUUAUACGGAACAACAGAAUAACGUGAUUCAGACGAUCACGACAAAGAGGAAGCAGUUGCUCGAUGGCGCGGCUGAUUCGUCACCAGGGGUUUCUCCGAUCUUCUCUACGAGUGGUUUCGUAACCUUUGCGUCGAGGCACUUCCAGGAGCUUGCCCUGCAGGUGUGCUACACUGAGGAUACAGACGAGUUCGUCGUCAGUCUUCCUCCGGACCCUGAGGAUAUCAUCUACAGCGACCUCCAGACAGAUCCCACGAAGAUUGCUGGCAAGGAGCUCUUGGGGUACGCCUCUGUAUUUGGUGUAUACCUGGUCUUCAUGCCUUUUGUCGUUGGCAUCUCCUGGCUUACCAGCAUUCCCGAGUUGCAGAAGCGGUACCCGUCGCUGAAGGACACGCUUGCAGCUUGGCCGCCAGGCUUGGUCUCUUUCAUGUCGUCCAUGUCCGCAGUUCUCGGGCUCAAGCUGUUCAUGUGCUUCCUGCCAACGAUACUCAUGAUCAUCUUCAGGAACUUCUUCUGCCUUCGGGCCGGAGCCUGGGCGCAAGCCAAGCUCCAGAUUUACUACUUCUGGUUCCUUGUCGUCUUCGAGAUCCUGGCCACAACCGUGGGCACCUCCCUUCUCGGAACGCUCGAGCAGCUCCUGGAGCAUCCCACCUCUAUCCUUCAGCUGCUUGGGAGCUCCCUGCCGCAGGCCACGCACUUCUACCUGAACUACAUGGUUGUCAACUGGGGCACCGUUGCCAUGGACGCCACCCGCUACUUCUACCUGGCGAAGUUCAUCGCCUACAAGUCCUACCUGCCCGAGGAGCGGGCGCGGGAGCUCUCGGAGCCGGAGGACCAGGACUACUACGGGCAGGGCGGGCGCUGCGCCCGCGCCUCCGAGUACGUCGUCAUGACGCUGGUCUUCUCCAGCCUAACGCCCCUCAUCACCGUCCUGGGGCUGAUCAACUUCGCCCUCUGCCGCGUCGUCUUCGGGUACCUGCUGGUGUGGGCCGAGACGAAAAAGCCGGACCUCGGCGGGGUGUUCUGGGUGAGCAAUCUGCGCCACCUGCAGUGGGGGCUCAUCAUAUAUGUCCUGACGAUGUCGGGCUGUCUCGCCAUGCGGGCGGACAGCAAAAUUCCUUCGAUCAUCUGUUUAGCGUCCUUCAUCUGGGUGUUCCGUUUCUACAGGAAGUUCGAGUCGCUGCUCUGGCAGAAGCUGCCCAUGCUAAAAUAUCAUGAGAAGGCAGACCGAAAGGAUUCUUCGCUGCCGUUGAGCUACAGGCAGCCCGAGCUUCUGGAAGCAGAGGCCUCGACAAAGGAGUGA